UAUUGCACGACUAUCAGCUCGAAAAUGUUCGGUUUCCUUUCAUGCACGAAAAGUCCAGUUUCUGAGACUCACUCAAAAACCGACCUGAUUGGUUCUGGUAAUGUUUUAAAGAGAAAAAACAACUCAAAUGAGUUUGAGUCCUCGACUGUCCCUGAACAGCUGUUGUUCUUCCUGGGUUUUCUCGCUGCGGUCUUCAUGGGGACUGUAUUCCCUCUCCUGUUCAUAGCAUACUCAGAAUUCGUCAACCUUAUGAUAGCUCGACAAUCAACUGAUUGUAUCAUCUCCAACAAUUACAUUUUACAGCUGUUUGGUGGGGGUAGUACCAAUUCCAGUGGUACAUAUGAGGAGAGGAUGGAUCGUUUGCUCGAUGAUUCCCUGGCUUUUGUCAUGGCUGAAACUUCUGUGGCUGCAACAAUGUUUGCCUUUGCCGUCCUUUCUGUAUACUUGUUAAACUACUCUGCUCAGAAACGGGUAGGCAGAAUCAGAAGACAUUUCCUGCGAGCUGUUCUCUACCAGGACAUUUCAUGGCACGACACGCAAAACACUGGCGCUUUUGCAGCACAAUUAACCGACAGCCUGGAUAAACUGCAAGAAGGUGUGGGGGAGAAGGUUGGAAUGUUUGUCUAUCUUGUGACAACGUUUGUAGUUUCCGUCAUCGUGGCGAUGUUCUACGGGUGGAAACUUGCUCUCGUCAUGACAGCGACCUGCCCCGUUUUUAUAUUGGUGACCGUCUUGGUUGCAAGGGUUCAGACACGUCUGUCUGCCAAGGAAGAGGAGAGUUACGGAGACGCAGGAGCAGUCGUAGAGGAGGUUCUGUCUAACAUCAGAACAGUGGCAGCCUUCGGAGGGGAACACAAAGAAGUUGACAGAUACAAUCAAAAACUGAUUCCGGCUAGAAGAGCUGGCAUCAAAAGUGGAAUAUUCUCGGGUUUCGGAGGAGGAGUUUCAUGGAUGUUGAUAUUCUUCAGUUACUCCAUUGCGUUCUGGUAUGGAACUCCGCUAAUAUUGGCAGAUCGAUACAAUGAAGACAAGACUUAUACUCCCGGAGUUUUGCUCAUUGUUUUGAAUGGCGUUGUCAUUGGUGCAAUGAAUUUAGGUUUAUGCACUCCUCAUCUUGAAGCUUUUGCUAAAGCUAAAGGAGGUUAUGAUUCCGUCAUUGCAAUCUUACAAAGGAAACCUGUGAUAAAUAUCAACGAGAAAGGAGUUCUUUUGGACUCAAAAUUAGGAGAAAUUGAGUUUAAAGAUGUUCAUUUCACUUACCCUGCUAGACCUGAUGUUAAGAUUCUGAAAGGACUCAGCCUCAAAGUCAAGAAAGGGGAGAGUGUGGCCAUUGUUGGAGGUUCGGGGAGUGGGAAGUCAACAACAAUUCAACUAAUCGAACGUUUCUACGACCCUCAGAGUGGUCAGAUAAGUCUUAACGGAGUAGACUUGCGCACUCUGGACCUGCGGUGGGUUCGAGCUCAGAUUGGGCUGGUUGGACAAGAACCUGUAUUGUUCAACACGACGAUCGCAGAGAACAUCUGUUGUGACUUGAAGGUGACGCGAGCAGAGAUGGAAGAAGCAGCCAGGGAGGCGAACGCUCACAACUUCAUCAUGAAACUGCCUGGGGGUUACGGGACCAUGGUAGGGGAGCGCGGCGCACAGCUCUCUGGGGGACAAAAGCAGAGGAUAGCCAUCGCCCGAGCUUUGCUGCGACAGCCGAGCAUCCUGCUGCUAGACGAGGCGACUAGCGCGCUGGACAUGGCUAACGAGGCUGUGGUGCAGAGCGCGUUGGAGCGCGCCAGCAGAGGCCGCACGACUAUCACCAUCAGCCAUCGACUCUCAUCCAUCCGCAACGUCGACCGCAUCCUGGUCCUGGCUAGCGGAAGACUGGUAGAGGAAGGAUCUCACUCAGAAUUAAUGGAGAAGAAGGGACAUUACUACUCUUUGGUGACAGCUGAUGCUUCUCUUCAAGAGGCUUCCAGCCCCAGUAACAAAGACAAACUAGACACGCAAACAAAUGAGUUCAUACCUCUGGAAGAAGCUGACGUAAUACCAAAGGAAACUGAGAAAAAGGAAGACUUGCCUGAAGAGGAUUACAAUGUCCCGCUUUUGAAGAUCGUCGGACUCAACAAACCUGAAUGGCACUACGUACUCUUGGGAUCUGUCUUUUCAUUUCUCAAUGGAUGCAUUUCACCUCUUAGUGCUGUAUUCUUUGGAAAUAUAUAUUGGGCGUAUUCUUCGCCUGACGACAGUGUCAUCCUCUCCGCAGGAAACCUUUACGCUUUAUUGUUUGUCGUCCUCGGGAUAUUUGCCUUCAUCUGUGUCUUUUUGCAGUUUUCGAGUCUGACGUUAGCCGGGGUGCGGAUGACAACGAGGCUACGUGUGAACGUGUUCAAAGCGAUGUUGCUGCAGGAGAUGGCUUGGUUUGACGAUGAGAGACAUUCCGUCGGCAGCCUCUCUGCUAGACUGUCGGGCGACACCUCCACUAUACAAGGGGCCACUGGUAGCAAGCUGGGAACACUACUGCAGGGCGUCAGCACUCUAGGUGUUGGUACGUUGCUGUCUCUCUACUACUCGUGGAAGAUGACCGUUGUUUGUCUCAUCUGUAUCCCGUUCAUGCUCUUCUCCAUCGUCCUCGAGAGCAGAGUCAUGCAUUCUGAGGACUCCAUUGAAAAGAAAGCUUUAGGAGACGCCACUAAGAUAGCAGUAGAGGCUAUUUCAUCAGUGCGCACCGUGCAGAGCCUGGGACAGGAGAACGCAGUGUUGGAACGCUACACUCGUCGUCUGCUUGAAGCCGAGGAGUCACUACGUAGAAAGACGAGAUUCAGAGGUGUUGUCUUCGGUCUCGGUCAAUCAACUGCCUGGUUCGCCUACGGUUUCAGUUUCGGUUACGGAGGGUACCUCAUAGCCAGGGAAGGAGUGUCUUAUAGAAACAUCAACAUAGUCGCAGAAGCUCUUCUGUAUGGAGCCUAUAUGUUAGCUCAGGCUGUUUCAUUCGCCCCAAGCUUAAAUCUGGCAAAGAUAGCAGCUGGUCGACUGUUUAAGAUCCUAGAUCGCAAUCCGCUUAUCUUCUCUGGGUCAAACAUGGCUUCUUUAUCUUGGAAAGCCAAAGGAGACAUAGAGUAUAGAGACGUCCACUUCUCAUAUCCGAGCCGGCCUGAUCACUGGAUUCUGCAAGGUCUUCAGCUGAGCAUUGCCAGAGGACAGAAAGUGGCUCUAGUAGGUCCAAGUGGCUGCGGAAAGUCUACUUGUGUCCAACUGUUGCAGAGAUUCUACGACCCAGUGUCAGGUUCAUUGAAAAUAGACAGUGCAGACUCCGUUGAUAUUCCUAUUAGGCAGCUGAGGGCUGGAUUAGGUAUUGUGUCCCAGGAGCCUGUUUUGUUCGACCGCACGAUCGCAGAGAACAUUGCAUACGGUGACAACACUAGGGCCGUCAGCAUGGCAGAGGUGGUGGAGGCGGCCAAACAAGCAAACGUCCACUCUUUCAUAUCUUCCCUUCCUGCAGGUUAUGAAACUCGACUGGGCAGUAGAGGAGCCCAACUGUCUGGUGGCCAGAAGCAAAGGAUAGCAAUCGCUCGAUCUUUGGUUCGCAACCCACAAAUUUUAAUUUUAGAUGAGGCAACAUCUGCUCUGGAUUCGCAGAGCGAAAAGAUGGUACAAGAGGCACUAGAUGAAGCAUCUUCGGGUCGCACAUGUAUCAUCAUCGCACACAGAUUGAGCACGGUGACCAAUGCUGAUGUGAUCUGUGUGCUGAGUCGAGGAGCCGUGGUUGAGAUGGGCUCCCAUGCCCAGCUCAUGGCCAAUGGCGGCCAUUACGCUCGCCAGCUGCUUUCGCAACAGUAACGGGGCUGUGAUAAUACUAGAUUAGUGAUAUUUAGAUCAAAGUUCCUCUAGGGAUUAACAUAAGAAGCUAAUGUUUAUACUUACAUACAUCAAUUUACAUUAAAUCAUGAUCUCAACAUGAGAACAAUACCAAAUAGUAUAGGAAGAUUGAAUAUUAACUUUACAGUCUGCAUAAAAAUCUUGUGCCUGCCUUAAUGGCACAAGGAAAAUCUUGUCUAACACAUCUAAUUUAACAAUUUGAUUCAAUCAACUUGUUUUUUAAAUCAUCUUAUAUUAAAAGUGUAAUUUUAUAUUCUUAUGAGCUUGGCGCUUUCCAUACUCCUUAGUAAUGCUUGAUUUGCUUGUAUAGCCAGAACAAUAUACAAAAAUGUAUUAUUUACAAAGGGUCUUUUUUUUUUUUUUUAGGGAGAGGAGGGAAAAUGCUUUUACGCACACAGGUAGCCAGCCUGUAGUGUGAGACUCCUGAAAAUUGUCAGACUACUCACUAAAAAACCCCCUCUACUCUGUUGGACACAGACCUGGAAUUGUUUGUCACAUUACUUCAAGUCAGGCCAACAUGUGACCUAAGCCCUCAGGGCUCGCACCGUUUCUGGCAUUUCGAUUCUUAAUGACCUACAACCGCAUCCCGGUCAAGGUCGAUCUUCUUGGCGCGGAGAAUACCCUGGAUAUAAUGUGACACACAGGUCCAAUUGUCCUCACCCUCCGUCAUAAUCGGUAUGACCGUGUCCACCGACAGCAGUCCUAUUAAUUGUUGAGCCUCCAGGCGGGGCCUUUCCCAGCGCUGGCAGUGGAAAAAUGUAUGUUCCACGUCAUCGAGAAUGCCUGGGCAGUAUAUGCAGUCGGGUGACACGGCUUUGCCCAUCCUAAACAGGUACGACCGGAAAAAGCCGUGUCCCGUCAGAAAUUGGGUCAGGUAGAAGUCCACCUCUCCGUACCGCCGAUCAACCCAAGGUUGGACUUGCUGUAUCAGUCGCCUGGUCCAGAGUCCCCGUGUCUCCUGUUCCCAGCCCUCCUGCCACAGCUGGUAGGUGUGGGUUGCGUUCCUCUGUUCGUGCCUCGUCCUCCCCACGGCGCCGGUAAAUUGCCUUUCUCUCCGCCGCCAAAAGUUUGACGGGGAUGACUCCAGCAAUCACCAGGACGGCGGGCUCGGACACUGUUCGGUAGGCAGAUGCUACCCUCAGUGCUGCCUGACGCUGCACUCAGGCGAGCCGCAUCUACAAAGGGUCUUAGAAAGUGGUUCUUUUUAAAUGAAUAUGUUUGGAAGUUAAAAAAUAAACUUUUGAAGACAUUAGAUUCAACAUAUUAGAAGUAUUGCUUUAUUCAACCAUAGUCUAUAACUGGAAUUAAUUUCCAACAGUUUCAAUUGUUUUUCGCUGAUAUAUGCCUAUAUUUCAUACAUGAACAAAGUGCCUAUUUCGCUGAUCACAAUAAUUAGUAUAAAGUACAAUGUCUCACUUGUAUUGACAAAUAGAAAUAUUUUUAUAUUACUCUAAAUAAUUUUACUUUUUGUAUAUCAUUUAGCUUUUAGGGAAACAAACUAAUUUUAUCAAUGCUUAUAUUAAAAGUUUUUU